GCGCGAGACACAUGCGCAGCAGAGUUGCGCAGUUACAUGCGGAGGAGCGCAGCCAUUACACUUGAUCUGAAAUCUUUAUAAACAGUCGCUCGGAUUGCACUGGCCAAAUCAUUUCUCUACAACUUCCGUCAUAGUGUACUGGAAGUGGCUCAACAUGUGAGCGGGAUUUGACUGCUCUGAGCUCAGGAAAGUUGAGAAACUUCAGAGGUUUAUCAGGGAAUGAUGAUGGAGUCUCCGCUCGGGAAUGAUGACCUCACGCCUGCGGGCUCGAGAUCUGCGCGCGCAUCCUCUCAGCGCGAGCCCGCCGCGCCGCUUCUCCUCUAUCCCAUCAGUGUUAACAACGCUUUAUCAUCGUCAGCAAUUUUUAACAACAAAGACAACAAAGUCCCACACGGUGUAGGCGGGAGUGAGGCGGUCUCCAGCUCGUCCGAGUUCACCCACGGUGCCAUCGUGCUCCUGAUCGAGGCCAUGCAGAGGUGCUGGGACGUGUACAGCGCCAGGGAGCGAUCGCUGCUCUUCCAGAGCGUCCAGAAAGAGCUGGAAGGUCACGGUCACUCCUUACCCGUCGAGAAGAUUCGCAGGAAAUGGAAUAACCUCAUCGUGACGUACAAGAGAGUUAAAGAUCGCAGCUUGCUGUGUGGAGGCCAAACCAAGACCUCGUGGGAGUACUUCGAAAUGAUGGAUAACAUAUUAGGAAAGACUAAUAUUGUUCAGCGGGGCCCUGCUUCAGCCACUCUUGUUGGAUUCGCAACUACAGCUAAAGCAGCUGUAAAAUCCGAGGAUCCUCCAUCCAGCAGUGUUCCUGCGGUGGCUCCUCGUCUGCUUCCCACCGGGAUCAUCCCGACCUCUUCCCCGAUCCCGACGCUGGUGCCGGUGCGGUGCCAGGUCAGCACUGACUCCGCUCUGCCGAAGCCUGUGAUCUGCCCGGCUCUGAGACGCUCUAGGCUCCGGCAGCUCCGGCUCGGCUCGGCUCAGCAGCACGGGAUCGGCUUGGCUCCGGCUCAGCUCCGGCUCGGCUCCGGGCCGGCCGAGGAACGCACCGAACUCCUGCGCUGCUUCCUCCGCGGUCAGGAGGAGCGCGCGCGUUCAGACGAGCAGCUUCAGCGCAGGACAGACGCGCGCGAGCGGCGCAGGGAGAGAUCCGCGCGGGCCGAGGCCGAUGCUAUGACCAGGAUGGCCACCGCGCUCGAGCUCAUCUCCUCUAAGCAGGACACCAUCAUCGCUCUGCUGCAGAGGCUGGCCGAUAAACACUGACACUUUCCCCUUUCUCUUCUGAUAAUAUUGCUUCUGGAACUGAAUAGUGUAUCAACUGUAUCCUGUUGUUUAUAGUAUAUUUAAGUCAAUGGUUUGGGAUCCUUGUUACUGUUAAAAGCUUGAAAGAAACAAACAUAUGGACUCUUUGACAUUAUCAAUAUAUACAGUGCCUAUAAAAAGUACGUUUUCAUGUUUUGUUGUUUUACAACAUUGUUCCACAGAGGGUUUUUAUUGUUUUAUGACAAAAGCUCAGUCACAAAAAUGAUUACACUUGUAAAUUAAAGGGGACAUAUCAUGAAAAUCUGA